UUGUUUCUUUCUACUAAAUCAGGUUAUAGUGCUUGUUGUAAACCACUAACAAAAAACAUUGAUUCAGAUCAAGUUUAUUGCUGCCACGGUGGUAUCUCGCAGUAUGCGACCUCACUGGACCAUAUCGCUGCAAUCGAACGACCUACUCAUCGUCUAAACAAUGCCAGAAAUCUCCGAGAAGCUUUAAUUUUUAGUGAUACAGUGUGGGCCGAUCCAUGGCUACAUCCUUUUCCGAUACAAGAUCCUGUUCCCGGAAAGUUUGUUUUCACCUCUUUAUAUUAUGCAUAGGA